AUGUCCACCGGCCGCACCGUCACCCUCCUCUCGGGCCACAAGAUGCCCCAGAUCGGCUACGGCACCUGGCAGGCCAAGCCGGGCGAGGUCGGCGACGGCGUCUACGAGGCCCUCAAGACGGGCUACCGCCACCUCGACCUCGCCAAGAUCUACCAGAACCAGCGCGAGGUCGGCGAGGGCAUCAAGCGCGCCCUCGCCGACGUCCCCGGCCUGCGCCGCGAGGACAUCUUCAUCACCUCCAAGCUCUGGAACAACAAGCACAACCCCGAGGACGUCGCGCCCGCCCUCGACGACACCCUCGAGGAGCUCCAGCUCGAGUACCUUGAUCUCUACCUCAUCCACUGGCCCGUCGCCUUCAAGCCCGGCAACGAGCUCUUCCCCAAGACCAGCGACGGCAGCGAGCUGGCCCUGAACCGCGACGUCUCCAUCUCCCAGACCUGGAAGGCCAUGACGGAGCUCCCCAAGUCCAAGGCCCGCUCCGUUGGCGUCUCCAACUUCUCCAUCGAGCACCUCGAGGCCGUCAUCAAGGCCACCGGCGUCGUUCCCGCCGUCAACCAGGUCGAGCGCCACCCGCGCGUCCCCAACAAGCCCCUCGUCGACUACUGCGCCUCCAAGAACAUCGUCAUCACCGCCUACUCAGCCUUUGGCAACAACGGCUGGGGCGUGCCCCUCCUCGUCAACACCCCCGAGGUCAAGGCCGUCGCCGACCGCCUCGCCAAGGCCCAGGGCAAGGACGUCACCCCCGCCCAGGUCAUCCUCGCCUGGUCCCAGCUCGGCGGCCACGUCGUCAUCCCCAAGUCCGUCACCGCCUCCCGCAUCCGCGAGAACUUCCAGGAGGUCGAGCUCGACGACGAGGCCAUCAAGGCCAUUGACAAGCUGGGCGAGCAGCCCCAGCGGUUCAACAUUCCUUAUACUUACGACCCCAAGUGGAACGUCAACGUCUUUGGCGACGACAAGGAAAAGGCGGCCGUCAACCAGGUUGUGCUGUAA